AUGGAAUGGUAUUCGUGGUGCUGUCAGCUGUGUGAGAGAAAGAGAAGCUUUAAAGACGGAGAGUUCGUUAAGCAAAGGGUGAAAACGUCUUUGUGGUUUCAGUCCGAAUGGGAAGGAAUCACACUGUUCGGUGCACUACUUGAAACGGUUCACAUUGGUGCAAAAGAAAGAAACAAUAUGAAUGCUUUCAAGGCUUACAAAGCAUGUGUCCCAGUUGCAUGGAGCCACAACUUAUACAUAACUUUGGUUAGGGGCAUUCCGGGGACCAGGAGGCUUCACAGGCGUACCUUGGAGGCAUUGCGUCUAACCAAGUGUAAUCGAACAGUUAUGCGAUGGAACACUCCUACUGUCAGAGGGAUGCUUCAACAGGUGAAGAGAUUGGUUGUGAUCGAGACAGAAGAGAUGUAUAAAGCCCGUAAACAAAAGGAAGCAAGCCACCGAGCUCUACGUCCUCCAUUGGUUGUGAACCAUCUCCCUGCCCCUGCAAGUGAUUCUUCUCAACAACCUGUUUAAUUUUUGUGAGGUUACCUUCUCACAUACUGGUCUCUGUCUGCAUGUAAUUCCCCCUUUGAUCACUGAAAUUAUCAUGACAAUCAGGCCCCUCCAACCAGGCCCCAACUAGAAGAUUAGGAUUCGAUUGUAGGCCGCUGUACCAAUUAUCAUAUCCUUGGGUGCACCUGUGAAGCCUUUGUAUGGACACCAUUGAAGCCCCUCUGUGAUGCACCCUUGUGGGGUACUUAGGACCAUAACCCACUAGAUUGCUCAGGUUCGUUGUGUUAGAGCGUAGAAUAUAACCCGCUUAUGAAUUUGGCAAAGGCGUGGAUUUCGUAAGGGACUACAAUUCCUACAUGGCAGCUGAGCUCUUCUGCUUUGGAUCAUGUAGGAAGUCGAGUUCAAAGUCCGAUUACACUCGGUAUAAUUUUCACACUAAUCAACUUGAUGUGUAAU